CAAUCGGUUUAAACGGUUUAGUUUUUCGUUUAAGAAAUAUAACGCAUUCUUCAAAUUCUUUCUGACUCAAUAACUACUACACUUAUUGCAUACCGUGUGCUUCUAAGAUACGCCCGUCUGACCUCGUCUUAUCACCUACCAAGUUGCAGUGAAAACAUACAUACAUACAUACCAAUAUCACUUGGUUGCAUACAUACUUUCACGUCCAAACGGCCGCCCCGCCCGCCCACUUGCUGCCUUCACAUUCAUUCACUUGCCGACAAUGGACAAUGCUAUUGUCUUUUAUGCCUUGGCCACUGGGCUGUUGUUGUUAUGGAUUUACUUCCUGUGGUCACGUAGGCGUUUUUAUCGUGUUGCUUGGCAGUUACCCGGCCCCGUGGGUUUGCCAUUCAUUGGGUUGGGACUGCAAAUGAUGCAUCCGGAGACCUUCCUUCAAUAUAUGGAACACACAUCGAAACACUAUGCGACGCCAUUUAUUUCAUGGAUGGGCACAAGUUGUUUCCUCUACGUUAAUGACCCAGAAACAGUGGAAACGAUUUUCAAUUCACCCCAUUGCACAAAUAAAGGCGAAUUCUAUCGCUUCAUGGCAGCGGCAAUUGGCGAUGGGCUCUUCACAUCCAGCUCUCCGCGCUGGAAUAAGCAUCGUCGCCUUAUCAAUCCAGCUUUUAGUCGCCAAAUUAUCAACAACUUUUUGCCCAUAUUUAAUGUUGAAGCUAAUGUGUUGCUGAGUAAAUUUGCCACGUUGGCAAAGGCCGGCACGCAGCUGGAGAUCUAUGAGAUGUUGAAACGCAAUGUGUUGGAAGCAGCGUGUCAGACCACAAUGGGUCAACGUAUGAAUUUUGAAGACGAGGGUUCUGCACAUAUUUUCGAAGCAUACAAAGGCGUCACCGAGGUGUGUGUACGUCGCAUGCUGUCGCCUUGGCUUUAUCCGGAUGUGCUCUAUUGCCGUUCACCGUUGUUUGUGCGCCAGCAGCGAGUCGUUCAUGUGCUCUUCAGCUUCAUUGAAAGUCUGUUGCAGCUCAAAAAUAAUAAAUCUGUAGCAAAUGGCAUGAAACAUCAGGAGCAGGAGCAGCAGCAGCAGCGGCAGCACUCAACUAUGAAUGGAAAUGAAAGUGAAAAUAGCUCGGGGACUGUAAAUGCAAAUGUAAAUGGCAGUGUGCAUGGAGAAAUGAAUGGAAAAGUGAAAUUGGAUGUAGACGUGAAUGUGAAUGUGGAUGGAUCGACGGAUGUGGAUGCGGAUGCUUCUGCGGCCAUACGGAAGUCGAAAGCUAUCUUUGUAGAGCAAGUGCGCUCGCAUGUCGAACAAGGUCAGCUGUCGUGGGAGGAUGUGCGCGCCGAGGCGAAUGUCAUUAUAGCGGCGACCUUUGAGACCACCUCGACUGCCUUGUAUAUCGUAUGCCUCUGCCUCGCCAUGCACCCUGAAUACCAGGAGAAGCUUUACGAAGAACUAGCAGCGCUUUUUCCAGAAGACCAAACGUCUGAAGUCAACCAUAUGCAUUUAGAAAAGAUGCCCUACACCGAAAUGGUCAUCAACGAAGCACUGCGACUCUACUCACCCGUUCCAAUGGUAUUGCGUAGUGCUGCCGAUGAUUUUUACCUACGUAAUGGUGUUUUAAUACCGCGUGGCACACAAAUUGGCAUCGACAUUUACAAUAUGCAACGCGAUGAAUGCAUUUGGGGAGCAGAUGCAAAGAACUACAAACCAGAGUUGCAUUUCGGUGCGCAAGCAAGGAAUCGCCAUGCAUUCGCUUUUAUACCCUUCACAAAAGGAUUGCGCAUGUGCAUUGGCAAUCGGUAUGCAUUGAUGCUGAUGAAAGUGUUCGUGGCGAAGAUAUUUCGACAGUAUCGUAUAAAAACUACAGCAACACUGGAUCAGUUGGUCGUCAAGGGCACUAUAUCGCUAAAAUUGGCCGAGUAUCCGUUGUGUCAGCUGGAGGCGCGAAUGCGCGUUGAAUGAACUAAGAAAUUAAUUAGUAAUCGUAGGGUGGAGUAAGGGUACUUUUUAGAAAUUAAAAAUAUGUUUUGUUUUUUGUAUUUUUAAAUUUUAUUACUUUAUUUUAAUCAAAAUUGGUAAAAUUGUUGUUAUCCGUUAGCGGCUUAUCUUUUUGUUUUUGUUGUUGUUUUU